CCAGAUAAGAUUGUACAAUGACAACUAAGAAAGCCUCACAUAUACUAAUUUGUUGGUGUUAGAAUUAUACAAAUAAAAAAUAUAUUAAACGUAAUAAAUAUUAAAACAUGUGUGAGAAAAAAAAAGAGAAAAAAUUGGGAAGAAAGUUGUGAAUCGCUUCCAUUCUGGAUCUGUAAUUGACUCCUUCUUUCCUUCCUUGUCACGUACACACACCGACGGCAGGCGAAAUCGAGCUCCCGAUCGCGAAACUGACCUGAUCCGAUAAGAGCCUUCGAUUGAUUGAUUGAUUUGCUGUGCGUUUGGGAAUUCUCGAUCAUGGACACGAGCAGGAGAGCGGUGGAAUCGUAUUGGAGGUCGCGGAUGAUCGAUGCGGUGACCUCUGACGAAGACAAGGUGGCUCCUGUUUACAAAUUGGAAGAGCUCUGCGACCUCCUUCGUUCUUCUCACGUCUCCAUCGUCAAGGAGUUUUCCGAGUUUAUUCUGAAACGUCUUGAUAACAAGAGCCCCAUCGUUAAGCAGAAGGCUCUUAGACUGAUAAAGUAUGCUGUGGGGAAGUCUGGCUCUGAGUUCAGAAGAGAAAUGCAAAGGAACUCUGUGGCAGUUCGCAAUCUAUUUCAUUACAAGGGGUAUCCAGAUCCUUUAAAAGGGGAUGCGCUCAAUAAGGCUGUACGAGAUACUGCUCAGGAGACAAUCUCUGCUAUAUUCUCGGAAGAGAAUGGUAGUAAGCCAGCUGCUCCUGAAAGCAUCACCAGACGCAUAGAAGGAUUUGGUAAUACCAACUAUCAGGUGCCGGUUAAUGAUAAUAAGUCGUUCCUGAGUGAGGUGGUUGGUAUUGGAAGUGCAUCGAUAAAGCAAGGAAUCAGUAGUUUUGCUCAAGGUCAUUUGUCUAAUAAGAAUGAGAGUGGAAGCAGCAGCUACAGAGGUCCGAAUCUCCACAGAUCUUUAACUUUGGAAAAUGAGAACUCGGGUAGAUAUGAUCCGGUUAAGCUGGGGAGUGAUGGUAAAUAUGGGGCGUCUAAGAACACGAGUGGUGGAUCUUGGGGGCACGUUUCUGGAGAGGCCGCAAGUGAAAGUUCGGGUUCAGUUCGUCUUGAGAGCAAAACCCGUGAGGAAAAGCUACUGGAAACAGUUGUUACAUCUGGUGGUGUACGCCUGCAGCCAACUCGGGAUGCACUUCAUGUAUUCAUUUUAGAGGCUGCGAAAAUGGAUACAGUUGCUUUAAGCAUUGCUCUUGAGGGGAAGCUCCAGUCUCCAAUGUGGCAGGUUCGAAUGAAAGCUUUAUGUGUCCUUGAGGCCAUUUUGAGGAAGAAGGAAGAUGGUAACUUGUCAAUUGUUUACACUUAUUUUAGUGAAAACACAGAUGUCAUACAACGAUGCGCAGAUUCUCCUCAGUCUUCUCUUCGUGAGAAGGCUAAUAAGGUUCUGAGCCUUCUAAAUGGUGGUCAGUCAAAGGGUUUUAUGAGCAGCACAGAGAAUACUGUGAAGCAAGAGACUGCUGUUGAUUUACCUGACUUGAUUGACACAGGUGAUUCAGACUAUACAACAGAAGAUACCUUGAACAUGCCAAAUGCUAUUAAUACUGGCAGUACAGUGACUACAGCAGCUCCAUUGAUGGAUGACGAUUGGUUUGGGGAUAGCACUGACACUGGAUUGAUUAGCAGUGAGAAGAAAAAUGAUGAUGACCCUUUUGCAGAUGUAUCAUUUCAUCCUAAUGAAGAAAAAGAAAGUGCAGAUGACCUCUUCUCUGGAAUGACUGUUGGGGAAAAGCCAACUGCUGGUGGUGGUAAUCAAGUGCCUGAGUUAUUUGAUAUGUUUGGUUCAACUACAGCACUUGAAGCAGAGCCCAAAGAUUCUAAAAGCAUAAAUGAUCUAAUGGGAAGCUUCUCCAUUGACGAAACCAAAUCAAGUCAGAAAGGCUCGUCAUCAAGCACCCUUCCAGAGAAUAUAUUUGCAAUGCCGAGCACCACCAGCCACCAAGAACCGGAAAAUCCUCUUGGAGGCAUUCUUGGCUCACAAGGUUCUGGGUUUAUUCAAAACCCAAUGGUUCCUGGAGGUGUCAUGCCCUUUAAUUUCCCUCCUGGGAUGAUGAUGAAUCCAGCCUUUGCGUCUCAACCUUUGAAUUACGCUGCCAUGGCAAGCUUGCUAGCUCAGCAGCAGCAGUACCUUGGUAAUAUAUCCAACUUCCAGCAGUUUGGCAACAUGAAUGCUCAGGGCAGUGGAAAUGUUCUCCCUAUGGGUACUAGCGGAGGAAGUCAGUCAGCAUUCCCUGAUAUAUUCCAGCCAAGUUUUGCUAAUCAAGCUCCAACCUCAACAAUGAAUGGUCCGAAAAAAGAAGAUACCAGAGCGUUUGAUUUCAUCUCCGAUCAUCUCUCAUCUGCCCGCGACACAAAGAGAAUAUCGUGAUGCUUUGCUAAUAUCCGGUGUUACAUGUUAUUUAAUGAGAUAUGGACACGGAAGGGAGGAGGCUAAAACGUUUAUCUAUGAGAGCUGUAAAAGACUUCAGGAGAAAGUGGAGAUGACGAGGUUGUUACAUUCUGAUAGAUUUGAAUCAUAUGGUAAGCUUUUUGCUUUCUUUUUCUUCUUUGUUUGUCUUCGCUGUCUUAUGUUUGGAGUCAUUGUUUAUGUGGAAUGAACAUGUAGUUUUAGAAUUGCUUUUGUUUUCACCUGUUGGAUUUUAAAUGUGUUUCGUCUUCUCGUUUGCUAUAUAUAUCUGAAGAGACUGUCUGUGUAUCGAAAUAGACAAGAAAUGAAAUAAAAUUAAGGAAA